CAGCAAUUCUGCUUGUACCAUGGCCGAGCCAAAGUCAGUGUGUGUUUCAGUGGAUGAAGUGGUCUCAAAUGGCACAGAUAACCAAGACAUUCGACUGAUGAAUGGACAUUUAAAAAAGGUAGACAAUACUCUGACAGAAGCUCAUCGUUUCUCCUACCUACCCCGCAGACCAGCUGUGAAUAUUGAGUUUAAAGAACUGUCAUACUCUAUCCAAGAGGGGCCAUGGUGGAGGAAGAAAGGUUAUAAGACCCUUUUGAAAGGAAUUUCAGGGAAGUUCAGCAGUGGAGAACUUGUUGCAAUUAUGGGUCCUUCAGGAGCUGGGAAGUCAACGCUCAUGAACAUUCUGGCAGGAUACAGAGAGACGGGAAUGAAAGGAGAAAUUCUCAUCAAUGGACAGCCUCGUGACCUGCGCUCUUUUCGCAAAGUCUCCUGCUACAUCAUGCAAGAUGACAUGCUCCUUCCUCAUCUGACUGUCCAGGAAGCUAUGAUGGUAUCUGCUCAUCUGAAACUUCAAGAGAAAGAUGAAGGCAGGAGAGAAAUGGUAAAAGAAAUAUUGACAGCCCUUGGUUUGCUGACAUGUGCCAAUACGAGGACUGGGAGUCUUUCUGGAGGCCAGAGAAAGCGUCUUGCCAUUGCUUUGGAGCUGGUGAACAAUCCUCCUGUCAUGUUUUUUGAUGAACCAACCAGCGGCUUGGAUAGUGCAUCAUGUUUUCAGGUCGUCUCUCUGAUGAAGGCUUUAGCCCAGGGUGGCAGGUCCAUCAUUUGCACAAUUCACCAGCCCAGUGCUAAACUGUUCGAGUUGUUUGAUCAGCUCUAUGUUUUAAGUCAAGGUCAAUGCAUUUACCGUGGGAAGGUAUUAAACCUAGUCCCUUACUUGAGAGAUUUGGGGUUGAAUUGCCCAACCUACCACAAUCCGGCAGAUUUUGUAAUGGAAGUAGCAUCCGGUGAAUAUGGAGACCAGAAUGGCCGGCUGGUACGGGCAGUACGGGACAGGAUAUGUGACACAGACUACAAGAGAGAUGUUGGUGGUGAGAAUGAGUUGAAUCCCUUCCUCUGGCACCGGCCUUCUGAAGAGGAUUCCUCCUCCACAGAAGGCUGCCACAGCUUCUCUGCCAGCUGCCUAACCCAGUUCUGUAUCCUCUUCAAAAGAACUUUUCUUACCAUCAUGAGGGAUUCGGUCCUGACACACUUGCGUAUCACCUCACACAUUGGCAUUGGACUGCUCAUCGGCUUGCUCUACUUAGGCAUUGGCAAUGAAGCUAAGAAAGUCCUCAGCAACUCCGGCUUCCUCUUUUUUUCCAUGUUGUUUCUUAUGUUUGCUGCGCUCAUGCCAACUGUCCUUACAUUUCCUCUUGAGAUGGGAGUAUUUCUUAGAGAGCAUCUGAACUACUGGUACAGCCUGAAAGCCUACUACCUCGCCAAAACCAUGGCUGAUGUUCCUUUUCAGAUCAUGUUUCCUGUGGCUUAUUGCAGCAUUGUGUACUGGAUGACUUCACAGCCAUCUGAUGCACUCCGAUUUGUCCUCUUCGCAGCCUUGGGAACCAUGACAUCCCUGGUGGCUCAGUCACUGGGUCUUCUCAUAGGUGCAGCCUCUACAUCCCUCCAGGUGGCCACUUUUGUGGGCCCAGUUACUGCCAUCCCAGUGCUUCUGUUCUCUGGGUUUUUUGUCAGCUUUGAUACCAUCCCAACAUACCUCCAGUGGAUGUCCUACAUUUCCUAUGUCAGAUACGGGUUCGAAGGAGUUAUUCUCUCCAUCUAUGGACUGGAUCGAGAAGAUCUGCAUUGUGACAAAGAUGAUACUUGCCAUUUUCAAAAAUCAGAGGCCAUUCUGAGAGAACUGGAUGUAGAAAAUGCCAAACUUUACCUGGACUUCAUUGUUCUUGGAAUUUUCUUCUUCUCUCUGCGCCUAAUUGCCUAUUUUGUUCUCAGAUACAAAAUCCGCGCAGAGAGGUAAAGGAAAAACAGCUAAAACAAUGCAGUAGGAAGAUCUUUAGACAUGCUAUAGAGGGCACUUGACAUUGUCUCACUGUGGCAGGCCAGUCUCCAGUGCCCAGCUAGAUGCUGUUACGACCUAGCCCAUAGAGAACCACAAUGGGAUAGUGGACAUAUAGUGUUAAGCCAAUCAGUCCAGUUGGGUUGGGUCAUGCUUUCAUUACACUUUCUAGCUUUAACUAGGAAGAAAAAAAUAGAAGGGAGUUUUACACCAGAGAAUAUCAAUACUGAGGCAGUGUAACUGUAAUAAAAAGCCUGGCUGCAGGAACUUUCCUUAUGAAAAACAAUUUCGUGGUAAGGUAAUACUAGUCCUUGUAGCCAGAAUAGUAUAAUGUCAUCUAUAGGUGACAAGGUAAUGAGGUGCAAAAUGGGGAAUGCAAAGAAAAUAGGAUUCUCUCAUCUUUUUAAAUUCAGAGUUUCAUCUUUGCAGUUUUCUAUGUAUUAUUUUGCAAGUCUUUUCCACAGAAUUACCCCUUCUGGCCAAAAGUCUGUAGAUGUAUUAAUUAAUAAGUUAAAGAGAUCUUUUUAAUAUGGAUACUUUUUUAAAACAAACCUAAAGUGAUUCAAGUCAUUAUUUUUGUUUCUGUCUAAAUUUAGAAUUCUGGUGCUUUACUUGUCGAGCUGGUCUCAUAUCUGAAAAUUGUAAUGAUAGGAGGAAAAGGCAAAUUCUGAGUCUGCACUCAACCUGUAGUCCAUAUUUGGAAGCAACAACAGAUAGCACAGGCAUUCAGACAUGUUCAAGCUGUUGCUGAAUGAUUGAAAAAAUGUUCUUUUGCAGUGUCUUUUCAAUCCUCAAUAUUUGUGAUAUUUAAAAUACUAACUCUGCUCAUUAUCUGUUUGAUCUACCUCCUGCGAAUGAAAAAAUCAAAGCACUCCAAGGCUCAUUUUUUCUUAAAUUGUGAAAGCAGAAUCUAUCCCUAAAGCCUGAGCGAUUGUUAAAGCCUGAUGGAGUGCAAGAGCUAGCCACAGCUCAAAGCUUGGGGUAUUGUGUUAAAACACUUGUGACUGCCUCAUGUGGCAGUGUUCAUUAUAUCUGCAACAUACUACUUGUAGGACGCGCCUCAAAAUAUACAAAUGAUGUUGUAAUACUGCAGGUCUAAUUAUGCCAAGCAGUUUUGUUCUCAUCCCGAAGUCUAUGUGUGCGACAUGGGAAUUAAUAGCUAAUUGAUCUAAACACCAAUGAAACCGUUAAAAGAAGCGUGCAUUUGUUUUGCAUAUCUCACCUUUGUAAACUUGGCAGGGGGAAUUCUGGUUCUAAGUUGAUGUGAAUUUUGUCACGGAUUUUCAUGGGUUUGGAUUUUCAACCCAAAAUGAAAUUGUGGGGCCCAUACUCAUGUUGGACACCUUGGUGACCUUCUGCAAAUUCCACUACCUUCUGCCAUUACUGUGCAUUUACCUUAGCAUCACAGACCUCCGAGUCAGACCUGCAGAUUCUAUGAAUGCAGUAUUCCUAUCAGGAUGCUGAAGUCUUGUAGAUUGCAAGGAGCUCCAUGUCAGCAAACCAUUCAGGAGCUCAGCAGCUCAUGACAGAGUAGACGAAGAGAGACCUUGUGCAUCUGCUGGUCACCAGCAGUCACAAUUCACAGACUGUUUUUGAGGACUCCAUGGCUACGUCUAUACUAGUAAACUAAAUAGUGCCAGGGCCAGCUCUGUUAGUCCUCAGACAACUAGGACUAAUAGGAAUGGUCCCUGUCCUGUACUAACUUCUAAACAGAGCCCAAACAUUGUCUGGAAAAGCUCUGGCUGUGCUGGGCUGCAGCUCUGCCAUUUAGAACUGAAGACAGUUGCUUCUCAGUUUUCCUGGCCCGUGCCCAGGCUCUGUUUAAUUUACCAAUACAGACAUAGACCACAUGUAUCUGUUAAACUCAGGAUGCUUGAAUUAAGACUGUGUUGUGGAAAACUUUUAAGUCAAGUCACAUGCUUAGGAAGGUUAGCUGAACUUUCCCUGAAAAUAAGAUUGACCUGUGAAAGCAAGGUCAAUCUUUACUGUAGAAGGAAAAAAAAAUCCUUACACAACCUCUUUGCAUAGUUUUGUUGCUGGUGUUUCACAAAAUGUCCUGGAGCCAGUAGAGCUUUUAUACAGUUCUGCAGCUUCUCCAGGCAUAAUCACAAGCAUGUAUGGGCCUAUAUGGCUGUCAGAUAGGAGAAAUUAAGAAUUUUGGCUGUUCUAAAUAGUGCUCGUAACUGUGAACAGUUUUUAAAUAAGUCACAAGCUGAAAUCCCUUGGCACAACGUGCCUUGAUUCUUUCAAGACUCUCAAAAUACUUGUGAAUGUUACAGGCUGAAGUUCAAAUGCUCUUUGCAAGCAGACAAAAGACCACCUUUGCCAAAUUACUCUUUUGUUGCACACUGCUGGUCCAGCCGCAGGCUAGCUGAGUAUGAGUGUGACAUCCAUGGCAUUAAAUACCUUCAGGGUUCAUGUUUUGUGUUUACCAACACCAUUUACCAAAUACCACGUUGAAAAUCACUUGCAAUUUACCAAAUGAAGUAACUUUGCUGACAUUUCAACACUGUUAACUUACACGAUGACAAUGCUGUCUUCUCCCGUUUAGACCAGUUUAGCAGUAUGAGUUCCUUGGAUACUGUCUUGUUAUCUGUGCCUAUUCCUCUGUUUGUAGACUUUCUUAUUUUACCUCUUUAGUCUGCAACAUGUCCUCCUGUACUGUACCUUUGUAUGGUAUUAUGGUAGCCAAAAGUCUGGUCCUCCACAGGUGUUCCUAAAAAAAUGCAUGCUCUGGAAUAUUUUUUGUCACUCCUUUUUUUGUUAGAUACACUUUUUCCCAGCCAUCUGCUGGCAGCAUUUAGCUGAAAGUUACUAUUCUAAGGAACACUUUCAGACUGUAGUAUCCCAGUAAAGAAAUAAAUUAAUUCUGUUGCAACUCAGUGCUACACAUAAAUGAGAUAAUCAUUCUUUCCCUCCUUAGCUCCAAAAUUAACUAAUGAUAUCUCUUUUGCCACUACUGUGCGACAGGAGUAUGUAAAGUCCAUCCCAAUUAUGUUUUCAUAUACUGCAAAGAUUUUUAACAUAGUCUCAACUUGGCUUUUUUCUAUUUAUGUGGAAAUAAAUUCUAACAGGCUGGUAUAAAAUGCAUUCCCAGGUUAAUGGACUGAGCAUGCACGUGCUGUAGCGUGAAGCAAGCACAUUGUGAAGUUCUGGAGGCUUCAUGUGGAAGAAUAAUGAGGCCAGCAAGAUUCUAAAGACUUCACAUCCUCAAUUUAUAUAGCCAUAUAUAAAUAGCCAUAAACUGGUUGAAAUCGAUGCCAUUAUUACCAUUCGAACCAGUCACAAUCUGGCUAAAAGUUGCAUAAGAGGCUAAAGGUUUUUUAAAGGUCUGUUGAAGACUGAAUGUAUGAUUUCUGUUGGGACUGCAGGGAGACUUUUGUGUUCUGCUGGCCGUCUUGUUUUAUUUGGACUUCCUUUGUGCAUGUCGCUUUGGUUAC